AUUGAAUGUAACUAUCAAUAACAAGUUUAUUUCGUAGCGUAAACAGACAUUUUUCCAAGUCAAAAUGUUGCCAGGAAGACCUCCCGUGACAGAGAAUCCUUUGGGACUUUCUUGGCAUGAUAGUGCAUGGAUUCCUGUAUUGAAUCCAAACAACAUAAUGGAUUACUUUUCCGAAAGGAGUAAUCCGUUUUAUGACAGAACAUGUAACAAUGAGAUUGUUAAAAUGCAGCGUUUAAGUCCUGACCAAUUACAAAAUAUGACUGGCCUGGAAUAUAUUCUUCUACAUGUCCAAGAACCCAUUUUAUAUGUAAUUAGGAAGCAACAUCGACAUUCUCCGACUUUGGCAGCACCGCUCGCCGAUUAUUAUAUCAUUGCAGGUGUUGUGUAUCAAGCACCCGAUUUAGCAUCUGUUGUCAGCUCCAGAUUGUUAUCCACAGUACAUCACCUACAAUCUGCUUUUGAAGAAGCUAGCUCUUGUUCCCGGUAUCAUCCUAGUAAAGGUUACUAUUGGGAUUUCAAGAAUGGUAAAGCAUUGGCAACAAAGAAAGAAACUCCUGUUCGCGAGGAACCCAGCUCUUUGUUUCAACGUCAAAGAGUGGAUAUGUUACUUGCUGAGCUUACUCGUAAAUUCCCAUUGCCUGUUCCAAAGCCAGUACAUCAACCUAUAGAAUCUUCCAUAGAGAUUAAGCAAGAAGUGAAAGUUGAGAAAAAAGACAUGAAACCACCACCAGAAAAGAAGCCAAAAGUUAAUUAAUAAAAACUACAACUGUAUAUAAGUGGUUAGGUUUAACUAUGUAUAUAUAAUAUUCUCUCUAUUUCCACAGCAUAUUUACUUUAUGCA